AUGAGCAUUUUACUAGCUCAUUCAAAAGGAAAACACAGGAGAAAUAGGCACACAAUGAGUGCAGCAGUGUCACGAGAGGAAACCUUGACCGAGAAGAGCCCAGCGGGCACGCUGGAGCUGCCUGACCUGACCCUGCAGAAAGGCUCUGUGAAGCUCCUCAAGGAGAGAUGGGAGUCUGCCAGUGCUCUAAGACCCAGCCUGGUGCUCCAGUGCCUGCCAGCCCCACUGUCCGCAGCACCAGAGAAAAGCAGCCAUGGCAGCACCGUGGAGAAAGUCCUGGCAGACAGCAGGAGGGCAGACAUGUUCAAGGAGGAGCCCCUGGGUGGCCCUCGCUGGAUCGAGCCCUUCCCCAUCACUGUGAAGGAGCUGCAGAGCCGCUUUGAGACUCUGGGUGGCAGAAAGGAAAGAGAAAGUGGGAGAAGCUCACUGUCACCAACAUCAGCGAGUCAGCCUGGGAGCCAUUCAGACAUUUCUCUGAUGGAGUCCAGUGUGAAAAGAGGGAGAGCAAUCUUUGAGAAGAUGUCGUCAGAAAAUGGACAGAACAGCAGUGCUGAAGUUGCAGUGGGUGGUCGCAAACCUGUAAGAGGACUACCAGAAGAGAGCCCUCCCAGGACUGGCAACACACUGCUGGACUUCCAGGAGAAUGUCUCCUUGAAGGAAAAAAUGGCUCUGUAUCAGGCUGCUGUGUCCAAGGCAGAGAGCAGCAGCUGCUUUGCCAAUUUUUCAGAGAAAACCAAGUCCUGCACUGUGCCUGGAGGCCUGGCUGCAGUGAGGAAACAGUUUGAGAAAGGGCAGAUGACCUCUUCAAAGAUCACCUUUGCUCGCUACCAGCACAAAUCUGCACAGGAGACCUCAAGAAUCACUCAGCCCCCAGUAUCAAGCAGCACCAGGGAAGCUGAAUGCACUGGAAUGACUUCUAAAGAAAGCCCAGUGGAAGCCUUUCAAACACAAGAGGUUUCUCAUGAGGAGCAAGUUACUUCGGAGACAAACGGGGCUUCUACAUUGAUGCAGCAUGCUGAUGAAACAGUAACCAAUGCAGCUAUGAAUGAGGCUGUCCCAAAGAUUUCUAUGCAGGUUUUAAAACAGCAGUUUGAAAGGACAGCUCAGGAAAAGGUUGUUCCCUCUGACAGAGAGACCGCAACGCCUGCACAAGUUGGACAGAAACUGCAGUUUUGGGAAAAUGAAAUAUGCAAGCUCUGUCACCAGAGAGUUUAUCCAAUGGAACGCUUAGUGGCCGACAAGCAAAAUUUUCAUAAAUCGUGUUUCCGAUGUCACCACUGUAGCAGUCAAUUAAGCUUGGGAAAUUAUGCAUCUCUCCAUGGACAAAUAUAUUGUAAACCUCAUUUUAAGCAACUUUUCAAAUCCAAAGGAAAUUACGAUGAAGGUUUUGGACACAAGCAACAUAAAGAGUUAUGGAAUUCUAAAGAUCAAUGUAGCUCAGCUGGUAAUAUUCACGCUGAAGAAAUAAAUCGCAUUCAUCGUACACCUGUUGAUCCUAAACUAAUUACAGAAAUUGAUCAAGACUUGUACUCGGGUACUGAAGGUACCCAUCCUGAUAUUUUGGAUAACAAUUCGAUAAUAAAAUCCACAGAAAGAGGUAAAUUAAAGAUGACGUGGCCUCCUCCAACAGAUGAUGCAGCACCUAAGAAAACAUUUUCUAUUGAAGAAGUAGCUAAAGUAAAUAAGCCAAAGUGGCCCCCAGAAGGCUUUGUGCAAGAAAGCUCUAGCUUACAUGCCAAUAAACCUCUGGGCAAUAAAAAGAAUCUGCAGAAAGGAAACGCUCUGAGAGAGCAAAAGGAGAAUGACACUACAAAUGCACAACAAAAUCAACACUCAGGCUUUAGCUCCCUGUCUGAAAAAGAAGCUAAGGGUACCUGUAAAAAUAAGGGCAGUAAGGGAAAAUUUGAUGAAACUGAGAAUGUGCAAGGUAAACUGGAUAAAACAGGAAGAUCACAGAUUAGGGAGGAAAGUGGAAAGGAAAAUAAUGAGGGUGAUAAUGUGGUUGGGUAUAGUGCUGAGAAGGAGCAAGAGAAGAAAAAUAAUGAAACUGAUGAUUUCGGAGUUGUACAGGUUACUAACAUUGACGAAGAAGCAGUCCAAAAGAAUCAUAAAGAGUUCAACUUCAAUAACAACAACAAUAACAAUUACACCACGUUUUCACAUCCAAACAUUUGUAGGCAGGAAACAAUUCUGUCAGCUCCAUCUAACCCAGUGACAGAACUAAGCCAUGGAAUUUGCACUGCAUCGCAGCAUGCCUUUGAAAAACUGCAAAAUCAGUCUGGAAAUGAAGAAAUAUUUGAGAUAGGUGAAUCUUUUGAGAGCUAUUCUAGCAAUAUUGUAACUGUUUCACUGGAUGAACAGAAUUCAGAAGAUAAAGAUGCUGUUACCUCUAAUAGUCUUGCUCAAUUUAAUAAAGAUACCACUUGUCAGAAGCCUUGUACUAAUAGCAUAUUAGUUCUAAAGGAGGCAAUGAAUACAACACUCUCUGUUGACAGUGACUUGGUGUGUAUUGGGGAAGAAUCAAGAAAUGACAAAACUAUGUACAGUUUUUCCAGCGUCCCAAGAGAGAAAGUCAAGUCCUAGCAGCUCACUGUAGAACACCAAAUUAAAAGAAAUAAAUUCUAUCAUAAAAAUUAA